AUGGGCUGUAUUUGUAAAACUUAAGCAAAUUAAUAAACAAUCAAAACCAAACUUGUUAUUGUGGGAUUGGAAUAGAGUGGAAAAACAGCCAUAUUCGAAUAUAUUAAGCGAGGAAAUUUCUUUGAAACUCAGCCAACAGAAGGUUAUAAUGUUGAUUUUAAUAAUAAGGAUUAUUUGAUAUUUGAUUUAGCGGGUAGAACACCGAAUUUAUGGUAGCAUUAUUAUUAAAAUGCAGAUGGAAUUAUAUUUGUCAUUGAUUCUUCAAAAAAAGAAAACUUAUAAUAAGUUAAGGAGUAGCUUAUGAAGUUAAAUCAAGAUAUAGAAUUAUUGAAUAUAGGAGUUCUGAUUAUGUUUACAAAAUCAGAUUUAUAGCUUAUUGAUUGUGAGGCUUUUUUGGAAGAAUGCGAAGUCUUAAAAAACACAGAAUAAGAAAAGGUUUGGUAGAGUUGCAGUUCUAAGACAGGAGAAGGAAUUAAUGAAGGAAUCUAGAAGCUGAUGCUGCUAAUUAAAAAAUGGAAUAUCAGACGACAGAAAAUCUGA